UCUGUGUGUCAAUAAUUCCUAUCUCUUGUCCGGACAUAGACACAAAAGAUGGAAGCUGUAAGAAGCAGAAGAGGCAGAGAGAACAACAAAAGUCCAGAGAGGUUAAUAAGGUCUUUGAAUCAUCAGCAAGAAGAUGAAGAAAAGGCCAAGACAAAGAGACCAAUCUUCAGAAGAGUCCAAGUCGUUUAUUAUCUCACAAGAAAUGGCCAUCUCGAACACCCUCACUUCAUCGAAGUCAUUUCUCCGGUUAACCAGCCUCUCCGGUUAAGAGAUGUGAUGAACCGGCUUACGGUUUUGAGAGGGAAUGGCAUGCCAUCACUGUACGCUUGGUCAUGCAAAAGGAGCUAUAGAAAUGGGUUCGUGUGGAACGACUUAGCCGAGAACGAUGUGAUUUACCCGUCGGACUGUGCUGAGUAUGUGUUGAAAGGAUCUGAAAUCGCCGAGAAAUUUGAAGAGGUACAAGUGAACAGACCAUUGUCGAGUCCAGUUCAAGAAGCUCCAAAAGUUCGACUUCUCAGGUCAAAACUGAAACCUCAAAACAGAACGACGUCGUUUGAUGACUCUGAGCUCUACGUCGGAGAAGAGGAAGAAGAAGAAGAAGACGGAGAGUACGAACUCGACGAAGAGAAAACGAGUUAUACAUCUUCCACGACGCCGCAGUCUCACUGUUCUCGAGGCGUUUCGACGGAAACGAUAGAAUCCACCGAGAAAAAACCGAACUUGAUAAAGACAGAACAGGGUUUGCCGGUCCGUUCUGACCUGACCGAGUUGACUCGUUCUUACCCAGUGGAACCCCGUGGAGUCGUCGUUUCGGAGCGGGUCGAAGACGGAGAUCCGGUGGAUCCUGGAUCGGUUCGUGGGUCGAUAUGGCUCCAGAUGAUCUCUUGCGGGCACAUCGCCAAGCAAUACGCUCCGAGUCUGAUGCAUUCGAGACAAAAGGAAGAGAAUCUUCGUAAAGGGGUUUUGUGCAAGAACAUUGUGAAGAAGUCUGUCGUUGAAGACGAACGCGAGAUGAUAAAGUUCAUGUCGGAGAAUCCAAGGUUCGGGAAUCCUCAGGCGGAGGAGAAAGAGUAUUUCAGCGGGAGCAUCGUUGAAUCGGUGAGUCAAGAACGAGUCACGGACGAGCCAGCUCUAAGACGAUCCAACUCAUUCAACGAGGAAAGAUCAAAGAUUGUCCAUAAGGCUAAGGAUGCGAAGAAGAAAGAAGAGAAAGAAGAAAGAUCGAUCGUGAAGGUGAAAUGUGUACCGAGAAGGAAGAGCUCAUCGUGUCUAAUGUGAUCAUCGAAGCAAAUCAAGGAACAAAAAACAAAUCAACAUUAAACUGACGAAUGAUUUGAUUAUUAAGUAUAUUAGUAUUUAAUGCUACAGGUGGUAGAUGCUGUAUAUGGCAAUGAAUUCUAAUGAGUAAUGACUAGAUGUGGCUGUUUUUAU